AUGACGGGCCUGGGGUCUCCAUGUGGGGCGUGCAAGUUCCUAAGGAGGAAGUGUGUGAGGGGCUGCAUUUUCGCGCCCUACUUCUGCCAUGAGCAAGGCGCCAAGCACUUCGCCGCCAUCCACAAGGUCUUCGGGGCGAGCAACGUCUCCAAGCUCCUCACUCACCUCCCAGCGCCUGACAGGUGCGAGGCCGCCGUCACCAUCUCCUACGAAGCCCAGGCCCGGCUUCAGGACCCCGUCUACGGCUGCGUCGGCCACAUAUUCGCCCUCCAACAGCAAGUGAGCCUCCCCUUUCCUCCCCACUCGUGGAUUUCGACCUCAGAUUGAUUACUCGGUUUCUUUCAGUGUACUCAUCUGCUUCCCAUCGCGUCCUCGUGGAUUGGCUGUCGACAUUGACUAGACAGUACAGUUGGAGCUUUUAAUAUCUCUGUGAUUGACAUCCGCGCUUGUCCCUCCUGCCCGCUCUGCAGGUUGUCAAUCUACAGGCCCAGCUCUCGUCCCUCAAGGCUCAAGCGGCAGGCCAAGGUCUCGCCACCUGUAUUCCUCCGAACAAUCAAGAAGAGAAGCUCUGCAACUGGUUCCCUCUCUAUCAGCAAACCGCGCAGGGCAUCCUCCUCAGCGAAGACGUGAAGAUGAUGCAACCCGCCUGCUCGAAUCCGGCGGUCAACCCCGAUGACACGGCGUUCUACGAUGGCAGCUUGGCCGACUCGGGCAGCAUGCAAACUUCUCACCAGUGCUAUUCUCACACGGCUGAUCAGCAGCUCUUCUCCUUCGGGGACGGCUUUGGUUCCCCACCUCCCAUGGUUCCGUUCGACGCCCGUAUGGACGAGCUUCAAUCUCUCGCGUUUUCCGGUCUCCGUCGUUCUUGA